AUGACCUCGCCGAGGAAUGGAGACCCUCUUCAACAGCCUGAGGAUCUGUCCUCAAUACCAAAUCUCGACGUGUACAAGACAAGACUAUCCGCGAGAGACGAAUCACCCGAGACAUCCAGCGCCAGCCUACCCAUCCGCACCUCCAGCCCGCCCACCCAAGGCUCGCGCUCGAGUACACUGUCAGGUGUUCUCUCCCGCUCGAGCUCCUCUAACGGAAAGCUCUCGCUCUCGCUUGCGAGGUUCGGCGGAUUGCAAGUCAACAGUCCCUUGGGCAAUCCUUCGGAUGGAUAUGACGAUACAAGAUCCUUGAUCGUGCGUGCUUUUUCACCUACUGUCGCAGUUUACGCCGCGCAGGAAGUGGACGAAUUGGCCGUCCGGAAGGGACUGAAACAUGGAUUCGUUGAAUUGGUGAGGCCAUUUGGCGAGAAAAUCCCAGGCAAAGUGGUAGUACGCGAUAGCACGGGGGCAAGCCGCAGCUGGGACGACUUCGGCGUCCAUUUCACUACCCUUGACCAAUUGACCGAAGAUGGUUCAUCAUCGGCCGCAGAGGUCAACCAUCUGGAAAAGCUGGAAGAGUUGAUGGAGCAAUAUAUUGGAGACGGCUAUUAUGACACAGCUGAUACGCCCGGGCGAGGUGAAGUCUCUGAGUUGUACAAGUUGUUCUUGUCAAGGCUUCUCUGCUCUCGAUCGAUGAGUCCGCACGAAUCUUUUCGACACCCAGUAGGUGCGAUCAUUGCCAUAAGCUCCUCCACAAAACAGCCGAUCGAUACACUACGGAACCUCUAUCAACAGACAGCGCAAGGUCCUCGGGCUUUGCCUACGUACGCCAACCCGGAAUACCUCAGAUAUUACGUCCUUGUCCACGACGAGGAUCACGAUGAUUUCAGCAAAUCCUCAGCGCUGUUUGAUCAGAUGAAGCGACAUUUUGGCCUUCAUUGCCACCUUCUCAGAUUGAGAUCCGCAUCCUGCACUCAGUCUGACGAUGAUGCUGAGGAGCUUCCUACCGGCGAGUGGCUCUCGCCGGAGGAGCAAAUAUCCGUCCUAAAGGAGACCGCUAAUCUCAUUGAUCUCAACACUUCAACCUCGCCCUUCAUCUUCUCAUCUGAUGCAGCAGCAUUACGGACCUUCGUCCGCGAGCUCACGGCACAGUCCAUAGUCUACCAUAUGGAGCAGCGAAUCGCCCUGUGGAAUGACCAAGUGGCUUCUCGCCGUCGGGGGAUCUCUGGACGGUUCAUGUCCCUUUCAAAACGCUGGACUGGGAUUGGGGCCUCUUCUCGCGCUUCAUCCUCGAGUGCUAACUUGGUUGGCUCGGGAGCGAGCGGCAACUAUGACAGUCUGCAAGGAACAUAUCGUUGGGAUGCGCCUGAAAGCCUCCUGCGUAAGUUGGCAGAUUAUGCGUUCAUGUUGCGAGACUACAAGUUGGCGGCCUCAACCUACGAACUUGUUCGAUCGGAUUAUGCAAACGACAAAGCAUGGAAACAUCUGGCUGGGGCGAACGAGAUGUGCUGCAUCGCGACCCUCUUAAAUCCCUUGACCAGCAGUGGAAGCUCCAAGUUCAAAAUCGAGAACUUCGACCUGAUGCUCGAAACGGCAAGUUAUUCAUACCUAACUCGUUGUUCAGACCCUGCGUUAGCAUUACGCACUCUCCUCCUGGGUGUCGAACUCCUAAAGGUGCGAGGAAGAGCGGCAAGUGAGGUAGCUGCGAAAUGGGCGAUCCGAAGCCUGGAACUUGGCCUGGUGGGCAGCAUAGGGAACGUUCUUGUCAGCGAACGGGUGGCGUCCUGUUUCGCUAACCGGAUCGGAAUCGGCAACACCGGUUGGGGACUGCGGAAACGGAAAGCUGCGGUGUGGAGUGUCAUGGCCGCCGAUGAAUGGAUGAAAUUGGGACGGGCAGAGAUUGCUGCUCAACGGCUUGAUGAAGCGCAGGAGUUUUACAGUGAAACCAAUCACAGUGAAGCGAUAAAACAGUUUAAAGAGCUGGCUGCAUAUCUGGAGCAAUUGCGUCUCGCCGUCAGGAUGAAGCUGGGAGAAGCGAGAAAACGAGGUUUCAGCGGCGCCACGCGACAGCUUGAACUCGACGGUGAGGUCGAGGAUGAAACAGUAGAAGAGAUGAACGCGCUGGAGAAACACGACAGCAGGGUAAACAGGCUGAGUCUGAUGGGUGAUGCCUCAGGAGCGGCCAUCUCACUCGAAACUGUGGCACCCCUGAGUCCAGUCAGGCUGACAAGACCGGACCCAUUGUCAAGAGAAGAUGAUGAUUUUGAAUGA